AUGACCGCCGAGCAACUUGACGCUUACGUGACUCAUUUUCGAAUUCGAGAAAUUACGCACCAACUAACCCUGCCUGACGUCCUGGUAACAAGGACCGCCGAACCAGGCUGGCGCCGGGAGCACUCGCCCGCCCCAGAAUAUGACACAGCGGGCCGUCGCACGAAUACACGCCUCCAGCGGCGUCGUCGAGCCCUUGAAGCAGAACGGCACCGCUGCAUCGAGGAGGCCGUCGCCAGGACUCCGUCGUAUCAACUACCGCAUGACUAUCGUCGUCCAAAGGGCUUCGCUGACCGCAUAUACAUCCCGCAAGCCGACUUUCCUGCCGUCAACUUCAUCGGGCAGAUCCUUGGGCCCAGAGGGGCCACCCUCAAGGCCAUGCAAGAGCGUGCCGGAGUGACUCUGGCCAUUCGAGGCAAAGGGUCUGUCAAGGAAGGGAGGGGCAGGUCAAAGCCGAUAGGGGGCGCUUCUGACGUUUCCAGCCAGCCACUCCACGUUCUCGUCACCGCAAUCACACAGCGGAAAGUGGACGAAGGGAAGAGACUGAUCCAGGAGGUCAUUACUAAUGCAGUAUCUACACCCGAGUGGCUGAAUGAGCAUAAGAAGCAGCAACUGCGGGACCUGGCCAUGGCCAACGGCACCUUUCGAGAUGAUGAAGGCCGCGCCAAUGCGAGAGCACAAGACCAGGUCUCUCUCAAUCCCACCAGAAGCCUCAUGAGGGUCGAAAGCAGUCUUGAUGUUGAGUUCGAAGGCGAAUAUGCUAGGCUGAUGGAGGAUAUUCUUGGUUCUAGGGAAGGGUACACUGACACACAGGAGCGGAGCAUGGUAACUUUGCCACCCUGGAGGGUAGACCGACUUCGCGCAAAGACAACGUGA